AUGUUCAACCCCGUUGCUACCGGCUUUCCCAGCCGACUGGGAGGCGUGCGGUUCUACCGGACGCGAGUGGCGCACCACAUGCGAGGAAAAACUCGGUUCCCUCAGAAACUGAUCCAGGGCAAGACUCUGCUCCGUCUGCAGUACGAGGACUGGUUCGGUAAGCGCAACAUCAAGGGCGACGCCAUCAGCAACAAGUACUUUUACCCAUCUCAGCACCAUGUGCCCAACUACAUCCGGCCCCGAGAGGACGCCGGUAACCCCAACCGGGAGGACCUGACCGUGGCAGCGCCCUCUAGAGAGGAUCCGCUGGUGCCCUUCCCCGACAACCCAUACACCCGAACCAACACAGUGAUCCCCGAGAGCGUGCGAGAACACAUUAUCAAGGAUGUGACGGUCAACUCCAUGUCUCUGGAGGACGUUUCUGUCAAGUACGGCAUUCAGCUCGUUCGAUUGCGAGCUCUGUUGAAGCUCAACCAGGUUCGACAGACCUUCAAGUGUGAUCCCAAAUACAAGAAAGAUCUCAGCAAGUUCUCGUCGUCCAUCGUGGAGAUGCUGCCUCGUCUGAGAGUCAACUACACCUUCAAGGAGGAGGACGACAAGCGGGAGAAGCGGGUCUACUUCAACAAGGAGCAGGGCCAGCAGAACUUGUCCGAAGUGCCGGUGCCCUCGGCCACCCGAGGCUCGCGGUUCAUGACUCUGGCCGAGUCCGAGCCCUUUGGUCCUGUGGAGUCCGCCAAGCUGCUGGAUCUGGCUCCUGCCGCCGACGUGCUGGAGAAGCUUCAGCACGUGGUGGCCGACCAUUCUGAAAAGGCGGAGAUUGAGUUCGAGAAGGCCAAGGCCAAGGGCCAGAUUUUCGACGUGGUCAAGAAGUCCGAGUCCAAGCCCGACGGAGUCAUUUUCCGAUUCAAGAAGGCUCAGGUCGGCAAGGUGGGCCACCGAUACGGCGCCUACAGAGACGACCGAAAGAAGGACAGACGGGUGGUGUACGACCGACUGGGCAACCGUCACUGGGCCGUUUAA